AGAUGCCGGCCAGGAGCUGGGCCCCGCCGAUCUGCCCUGCGCUACAGACCGGCAUCGGGUGCCCGCUGCGGGGGCACCGGCCCGCUGCUGCCGCCCGGCCGCGCCGCCCGCACCCCAAGAAGUCGUUGUAAGUUUGGCCUCCUCAAAGCAUGGAAUCAAUCUCCAUGAUCCGAAGCCCCAAGCACCUCAACGAGACUUUCCUCCCAAACGCUGCCAAUGGCAUCAAGGACAGCAGUAAGGCCCCAGUAGGCAUCAUUGGAAGUGGAGACUUUGCCAAGUCAUUGACUAUUAGGCUGAUCAGAUGCGGCUUCCACGUGGUGGUGGGAAGCAGGAACCCCAAGCUUGCUGCUGAGUUCUUUCCCCACGUGGUGGAUGUGACUCACCAUGAAGAUGCAGUAGCAAAAGCUAACAUCAUUUUUGUAGCCAUACACAGAGAACAUUAUGCCUCCCUGUGGGACCUCAAACAUUUGCUUGCUGGUAAAAUCCUAAUUGAUGUCAGCAAUAACACCAGGGUUGACCAAUACCCAGACUCCAACGCAGAGUAUCUGGCAUCACUUUUCCCAGACUCUCAGAUUGUCAAAGGAUUCAACGUGGUUUCAGCUUGGUCACUACAGCUGGGGCCAAAGGAUGCCAGCAGACAGGUCUAUGUCUGCAGUAACAACGUCCAGGCUCGCCAGCAGGUCAUCGAGCUUGCCCGGCAGCUCGGCUUCUUCCCUAUUGACCUGGGGCCAUUGUCAUCCUCCAGGGAGAUUGAAAACGUUCCUCUGCGACUCUUCACGCUGUGGAAGGGGCCUGUGCUGAUUGCAAUUAGCCUGGCAACCUUCUUCUUCAUCUAUUCCUUCGUCAGAGACGUGAUCCACCCCUACCUGAGGAAUCAGCAGAGCGACUUCUACAAGAUCCCCAUUGAGAUCGUCAACAAGACGCUGCCUGUCGUGGCCAUCACCUUGCUGUCCCUGGUGUACCUGGCAGGGCUCCUCGCAGCUGCUUACCAGCUGCACUCUGGCACCAAGUACAGGAGGUUCCCCCCGUGGCUGGACAGCUGGCUGCAGUGCCGCAAGCAGCUGGGGCUGCUCAGCUUUUUCUUCGCAGCAGUGCACGUGGUGUACAGCCUCUGCCUGCCCAUGCGGCGCUCCGAGCGCUACCUGCUCCUCAACAUGGCCUACCAGCAGGUUCAUGCAAACGUUGAGAACUCCUGGAAUGAGGAGGAGGUGUGGCGCAUCGAGAUGUACAUCUCCUUUGGGAUCAUGAGCCUGGGGCUGCUCUCCCUGCUGGCUGUCACCUCCAUCCCUUCAGUCAGCACUGCCUUGAACUGGAGGGAGUUCAGCUUCAUUCAGUCCACCCUGGGAUACGUGGCUCUGGUGAUCAGUACUUUCCACGUCCUGAUUUACGGCUGGAAAAGAGCUUUUGAAGAAGACUGUUACAGAUUUUAUACUCCUCCCAAUUUUGUCCUUGCCCUUGUUCUGCCUUCCAUGGUAGUGCUAGGGAAGAUUGUCCUGCUGCUGCCCUGUGUCAGCAGGAAGCUGAGGAGAAUUCGACGAGGAUGGGAGAAAAGCCAUGUCCUAGAAGAAGUGAGUGGGUCUUUGCCACAUCCCUCCCCAGAGAGGAUAACUGUCAUGUGAUGAGAGGCUCACACUGCUUAGCAGGUGUUUGUUGGUGAGGUUUUUUGGCCAUAAACUUAUAUUUUUAGGAGUUUAGUUAAAGUCAAGUCACUGUGAGUCCAUAUAGCAAAGCUCUUAACCAAACUAUGAGAAACUUCACUGCAAAACUAGUUCUGUUGGGAGUGACAGAAUGCAGAUGGUGAGGGAAUCAGAUUUUUUUAAUGCUCCUUUGCACAGUUCUGUCCCAAAAGUCUUUGAUCAUAACCCUGCUGUCCAAACAGUUCUUUGUUGUAGAACAAACAUGUCUGAGUGCUGAUUCUUAGUGCCCCAUUCUCUGGGGCAUUUGAGCCAUGGCUAGGCCAAGCCCUUGGCAGAGUUAGAGAAUGGUUGGUCUGGGUGAUCUGAAAGGGCUCUUCCAACCCAAAGCCAUUCUUGGCACCACCCUGGGGGUGUUCGAGGCCAGGCUGGAUGAGGCCUUGAGCAGCUUGGUGUAGUGGAAAGUGUCCCUGUGCCAAUGGCAGGUGGUUGGAACUGGAUGAUCUUGAAAGUCCCUUCCAACCCAACCCAUUCUGUGAUUUGUGAAUGCCACCCUUGCAGGUUGAUGAGUUGAGAACCCAGACUAAAAGAGUUCAUCAUUUAGGAAAUAAUCAGGUUGGGAAACAAAUGAAUUUGUAAUUAUGAAUUCCAUCAUUCCCGGGAUGCAGUGCAAUGGGUGUUGGUCCACAGCCAGCUGAAGAUGAGCCAGGGUGUGCCCAAGUGGCCAAGGAGGCCACCAGCAUCCUAGCCUGGAUCAGCAGUGGUGUGGCCAGCAGGAACAGGGCAGGGAUUGUCCUCCUGCACUCUCAGCACUGGGGAGGCCACACCUUGGGCACCAGGUUGGGUUUUGGGUCCCUUAUGCCAAGAAGGACAUUGAGGGGCUGGAGCAGGUCCAGAGAAGGGCAAGGAAGCUGGGGAAGGGUCUGGAGAACCUCUGCUCUGUUGGGCAGCAUCUCAAGACUCAUCUUCUGCAUGGCUCCAGACCAGAGCUGCAGUUAUUAAACGUUCACUCCUCAGCACCUGUCCUCAGUCCUUCCUCUCUUUUUGUGCCAAUCCAAGCUUCUAUUUUUCUAGGAAGGUUUUUUCUAGAAAGGUUUUACUUUUACACCAAGAAUGGCUGGAAGAUGCCUGAAGUUCUUGGAGAAUUAAACUUUUAUUCUUCUACUUCCAAAGGAAUUUCUCUCCACAGCCUGACAUCUGCAUUUCCUGUGGGGCUCAGGUUCACCAUGAGCUAGCACUGCUCUGGCAGGUUCUGCUCUACAGCACAGUGAGCCAGACUCAGCUCAUGUCUUCAGGCUGACUUAGUUUGCAGUGAGUCAGGAUCUGUUUGCUCCUCAGCUUCUUUGCUUGUAUGAAAUUCUAUUUUUAUCCUCUCUAUUUGCACUGGUUGGAUCUCUGACCUCCUUAGCUGAGCCUUCACUUCUCAUCAAAACAGUGGGGCCACUGUUGGCUUCCUCUCCCAAGUAAUUAACGAGAAAAUGGCCUCAGGUUGCACCAGGGGAGGUUUAGGCUGGGCAUGAGAAGAAACUUCUUGACUGAAAGGGUUCUCACAGCCUGGCACAGGCUGCCCAGGGAGGUGGCUGAGUGCCCAUCCCUGGAGGUGUUUCCACGAGGUAGAGAUGUGGUGCUGAGAGCCUUGGUUUAACCCCAGCCUUGACAGAGAAUGGUUGGGCUGGGUGAUCUGAAAGGGCUUCUCCAGCCAAACCAUUCUGUGAUUCCAUGAUUCUGUAGUUCUAUAUUAUGCAUAUGUUUAGUCACAGAAGGGAUCCUGAUUCAUCUGGUCAGACUCAUUGAUUUCUGUAGACCUUCCAUUAGGACUUGUCCUCAGGAAAUGACCUGAAGCUGGCAGUUGAGUUUUGGUUGCCUAAAUAUAGCCAACUCUAACCCUUUCAACCUUGUGGUCACUGUAGGAGAAUAAAAAACUAUUUUGAGGAAUAAGCUGCAUUAAAACUAUUUCUGUGUGGCUCUCUCUGAGUUGCUCACUGCUGACCAAUGGAAUAAAGUUCCAAUUCUCUCCAUGACUGCUCAGUAUAAAGCUUGACAUGCACCCCAGACUGUACCUGUCCUGGUAGGAUGUGGUGCCCUGUGUGUGCUUAGCAACAGGCUGGUUGUCUCCUGUGGCUGUUAAGGUGUUUAUUCUCUACAAGAUCUCCAGAACAGUUCUCCUGCAGCUUCCAGAGGUAUCUGUAAUUGUGCUGCAGUUCUGUUCACUGUGCCAACCUUGUACCAGUGAGUUAAGCACCUGUGGUCUGGAGCUCUUUAGAGAAUGAUCACUUUGUCAUUGUUUUGUAAGCUCUUUGCACAUCUAGCUUGGGGCAAUGGCUCCUGUGAGCUGAUGCCACCCUUAACCUUCUGUGCCAGCAGUAUCCAUGGUGUGAUGUGCCAAGAACAUCUCUAGUUGGAUGUGGCAUUAAUUGCCUAUAAAACAGUGUGUCUGUGUCUGUCUGUCCUUAGCUGUAGACACUGCCAGCUGGGACUGUGGGAAAUCAGCAGUUAAUAAAACUAAUC